UCUUUUGGAGAUUGACAUCAAAUCUUUACUGCGUUUCUAGAGAAGUGAUUUAUCGUAGAACCUGAAACAAGCAAAGGUUACAAUGGAGUCCAACCAGCCGAGAGUCGAAGAGGUUGAAUUCGACAACAUUGUCAAAAGGGAAUUACAGCCACCCAAGCCACCCAAGCGCAAGAAGAAGAAGGUGUCAUUUGCAGUGUGGUGGGAGCUGUACGCGCCUGAGGAGCUAAAGAUUUCUGCUGAAAAUAUCAAACAGCAGGACGCUUCACUGGUGGUUGAAAAAGGAUCGAUUGCCAAAGCACAGGAGACAGUGGAUCAACAAGGAGACAGACCGACACCUGAGAGUGAGUCCAAUGAGAAGAAGCAGGUACCAUUUAAAACCUGCUUGGAGGAACACGUCCCUGUUGACCAAGAGAUUUCUGCAGGAAAUAUUGAAAAGCAGAACGAGUCACUGGUGAGUGAAGAAGAGUCCAUCGCUAGAGUGCAGGAGACGAUCGAUAUGGCAGAGAAGGAACAGCCCUCUAAGCCUAAGGAACAGCCACCAACGACCAGGCGCCACAAGAAGAAAAAGAUUCCAUUUCAUAUCUGGUUGGAGAAACAUGGACCUGCUGAUCUAAGGACUGCAGCUGAAAGUACUGGAUCGGAAGACGCUUCAAUUGUUACCAAACAGGAAUCGAUCUCCGUACUGCAGGAGACACCAGAGAAGGAACAGUCCUUUAAGUCUUGUGCUGAAAGUGUUAAUAAGCAGGACACUUCUCUACCUGAAGAAGGUGAUCAGAAAGAUUCCUUGAAAAAGGAGUCUUUUAAAGAAGAACCUGUGAUUUCUACACAGCUGGUCACCAAACAGAAAUCCAUUUCCAAAUCCCAGAAGAAAGUGGAUCAAAAAAGGGAGAAACAGAGAACAAAGACGAAGCGCAUCAAGAAGACGCCACUAUUGUGGAAAUCUUUCCCCGAGUCAGAUGCUUGUGUGGAUCUAACGGUUUUGACACAAAAUGGUGACGUCAAUAACAGUCCUCUGCCAGAAAAACCAAGUAAUGAGGCAGCUUUACCCAGCAGAGGAAAGAAGACAAUUUGGAAAGUCUUCCCUGAACCAGAACCUCACAUCGACCUGAAUUUCUUUGCUGAUUUUAUUGAAGGUCAAGAUGUUUCAGUUCCAGCAAAAGACGGUGAACAGAAAAUAAGACUACCACAUUUUCUGGGGUUAUAACUGGACUCUGUUACAUUAGCGCUGAGGUUAUUGAUUGCAUCCGGUGCUCUGCUACAGAAAGGCCAGGAACCUGCUGGCGGAGAGACGGAUAUGUAAGCUCUUUGUCCUUUCUUUGUCCUCACACCGUUUUCAUCUCAUCUUUACAUUCGCUGUUCUUUGCCCUCCUCCCUUUCAUUUUCAGAGUAUCUCCUCUGUCUCCUCUGUCUGCUCUGCCUCGUCUUUUGCAGGAAACUAGACGGGAUGUGCCACGGCAUGGUAAAAGCUGGACGAAGACUGAGCUUUGAAGGAUGCAAGAGCUGAACUACAGCAGGGGUGGAGCUGCCCUGGUGAUUUCAGUGGACAAGUUGUUUUCAAAGAGGAAAUGCAGCCUGGACAAAAUUAAAAGAAGAUGGAAGACUGCCGAUAUUUAUUCAGGCCUGGGACUGAAAGACCCAAUAAUGGACCCAUAAGUGUGCAUGAGUGCGUUUGUGUGCAGAAUGUGCAACAACUGGCAAAUCUCUGUCGUUCAGACAUUUAGUAGAAAGUCUCCUCAGAUGUCUCCUGUGUGUGAUUCUGAGAUUAUCUCUCCUCCAGUCAGUGAGCACCUGCACAAAGCAUGCCCUCUUUAUCCUAUAAAGUAACAGUUCUCUCCUUUCUACCUGUAAUAUCACUAAUGUAUCAUUGUGAAUCAGUAUAUCUUCAGGUGUACUGAAACUGCCCUGUGGAUGCCCUGAAUCAUUGAUGCAGGAAUGAAGAGGAGUGUGAGGACCAUGAAGUGGGUUCCUGCAUCUGUGUUCUUGAUUGGACGGAGUGGUCAGCCCCUAACUCACAGAGAAACACUACGCACACAUCAGAUUGGCUUGCUUCAUCACAAUUUUAUUUCCCCCAAUACAUCUGUCCCCCAUCGGAGCUCAGUGGACAGCUGAGGUCAAUAGAUCCCAUCAUCAAAGGUUUACCAAGCCAGGCCAACCAGGAAGGAACCACUUUCCAUAUGGCGGACAUUUUUUAUUGGAUUAAGAACUUUUUGAAUGAAGCAACCCAGCAGCAUGCCAUCGUCAUGGAUUCCUUCAACAGACUCGUCAUUUUUUCUGAUAAUUGUAUGACAACAAGUAAAUUAUACCACAUUUACUCCUCUCAGAAUCUGAGGACAUUUAUUAGACAUAGAGGAAGUUCUGGAAGAAAUAGCAAGAUGUCUGCUGUAAAACAUGACAACGCACAAAGAUCUUUUUGUCUCAAGAUGAGCGGCGAGGACAGAGACAUGGACAGCUUUAGGACGUGGAACCCUGAGAUCCGUCAGAAAACCCGUCAAAGUGAUGAUCAUUCACAAAGACCACGGAGGAGGAGUAAAAAUGAGAAAACAAAAAUAAAGAAAAGUGUUUCCUUUGAAGAGGAUGUCAUCGUCUACCUGUUUGAUCAGGAGACACCGACUCUCAAGCUGCCUUCAGAACCCUCCACUUCUCUGCCAUUCCAUUUUCCCAGCAUCCAGUCUGAUGUUAUAUUAGAGGACAAUGGGUUGCAGUGGGAAGAUGACUUCUCAGCUUUGGAGUGUGUUCAACGAUCUGGCACCGUGUCUCUGCCGACUAACAGCUGGACUUCUCAGGCCAGGCCAGAGCGCUGCUCUCUGACCCAAACUUGCCUGUUCCUCACCUAUGUCACCGAGUCAGACCUUGAGCUAUGACACAAAGUGUUCCUGUCUGUGCAGCUAGGACUUUUAUAAGUUGGGAGACUUGAUUGGAGACUGUGAGGUGAGAGGAAGCAGCAGGAUGAAGUCCAAAGGGAAGGCAGUGAGACCCUCCAGAAGGCCCUGGUCCGACCCGGAGCCAGAGAACGAACCGGACACAGAGCCGGGCUCCAGCGAGCAGGAGGGCUCGGAGGCCUCGGUCCGGAUCGGUGGCUCCUGGAGGGGCUCCCUGAGGAGCGAGGAUGGCAGGCGCCGUCAGGGAGGAGGAGCAGGCGGGGGAGGCGGGCGGCGGCGCAGGAUGUACGGGUCCAGCACCAAGGAGCGCAGCAUCCGGAGGCUGGAGAGCAACGAGCGGGAACGCCAGCGCAUGCACAAACUCAACAACGCCUUCCAGGCGCUCCGCGAAGCCAUCCCACACGUGAAGAUGGACAAGAAGCUGUCCAAGAUCGAGACUCUGACUCUGGCCAAGAACUACAUCAAAGCCUUGACCACCAUCAUCCUGGACCUGUCGGGAGCCUGCCUGCCUGCUGAGGCAGGGCCCUCAGGGGCCAGGGCUGCCAGGCUGCUGCAGUGCUACAAGCAGCACCUGGAGGAAGAGGGGGAGGAUGGCCUCACCCAGUACCUCACCCACAUGCAGAGCUUUGGCCAGGAAAGUUAACAGCCUGAGACUGUAAAAGUGUUUGGGACCAAGAGCCCCCUGCUGGAUGCGGCGCUCUACAACAACUGACUGCUGGCCCACAGAGCCUCGCUAAUGUUUUCAUACCUCUUGAACCUUUUCACAUUUUUUCACGUCUAAACUCCAAGCUGUCAGAAAAUAAAUGACAUGUAAAUAUUUAUUCACAUCCCUUUGUUCUGAUUCCCCAAAACAAAUCCCAGUUAUGUUCAGAAAUGACCUGAUUACCAAAGCAAGUCCACCUGAAGUUUGAAGUGAAGUUUGUUAUAAUCCUGUUUCUUUAAUGAGAAAACAGAACCAUGGUGACCUUGAAACACAGGAGGUGUUUUUUGAAAGAAAGUAAACAGAAGUUCUGCUUCCAGUUUGGUACAAGCCAUAAAAGUCUGGCCGGAGCCAGGGGGUGGUGAAAGGUGAAGGGUCACCCCGGCUGUUCCCUUUCAAAACAGUUGGUGGCAGUAGUGAAAUAAGUUCAUACAGCAAAAAUCUAUAAAUAUAAGCGUAUACUUAUUUACUUCUAGAAAAAAUGUUCCUUCUUUGGUAAAUUAGUUGGAAAAUAUAAAUGUUGUCUCUAAAGUGGCUCAGUUGUUGCCCCAUGAGGGGCCGCCCCUACGAAUAUUGUCUGGCUCCACCCCUGCAUAUUGGAGACCUGGAAGAAGUUGCUCUAGUCAGAUAAGAACAAAAUAGAAUGUACUGCUCAUCACCUCUUGUUGCAGCAUGAUGCAGUGGGAAGGUUUUUUUUUCUUAGGAAGGAAUAAGGAAGCUAAACAGAGCUGGUGGGAAGUAAAGGCCUCAAAAAGAGUUUAGCCUGGAGUGAAGGUCACCCUUCUAAAAAUAUAGUGACCCCAAACCUACAGCCAGCGAAACAACAGCAUGGCCUAGACUUAAAAAACAAUUUUCAUAAAUGCUCAAUCUCUCAUUGAGCUCAUUUGCAAAUGAAGGUGAGAAAUAAUUUCAUUAAGUUCAUAUGUAAAAAAAACGCCGGAAAAGACCUGCAGCUAUAAUGGCAACAAAAUUGUAGUUCUACAAACUACUGAUUCAAAUGGGCCUAAUACAAAUGCACACCACACAUUUCAGCUUUUUACUAAAAAAAACUGGUUGAAAAAGCCAUGCAUCAUUUUGACUUUGCAUUGGUCUGUCACAUUUUUUCUCAUAAAACAUUGAAGCUUGUGAUUGGAAGUGAAAAAGUGGAAUUAAUUGUUCAAGAGAUGAGAACAUGUUUGUGAUGCAUUGUAAUCCUGUAAAACAUGCUUGAACACACUGAGGUGGCCAGAGAAAAAGACUGUAGUCACCAGAGCAAAAUGUGAACUACUUGUAAAGAAGGGCUCUCCCUUUUGCUAACAUUUUUUUUUUUUUUUUUUUUUUUUGCUGUUUGAAAUGACUUUGUUCUCUUUUUCUACUAUCUUGUGAUCUCCCUGUGUGUAUGUGUGUGUUUUGUUAGGAAACUUGCUGAGUGUAAGCUUCUGGUCACAACUGUCACAGAAAGGAGAGAGAAAACAAGCAACAGGUUUUUUGUUGCACAAGAUUGUGAGACCCCGAUAAUCAACUAUGAUUAAGCUGAGAAGGCCUUUGCAUUUUCUGCAUCAUAAUCAGAUUGGCUAAGGUCAGCUUUAAAGUGUGUUUUGUUUUUCUUUAUUUUCCUCCUUUGUUUCCAUUUAUGCCAAAGUUUCUGAAAAAAAAUUAGGAAAGAAGAAAAAAGCUAUUUGAGUAGUUGCUAUCAAUAAAACCAUUUAUUUAUUGACA